CUACAAUUCGGUUAUCGUGUCCGGUGUUUAGAAUAUUUUGAGAAUGGCGGAAAUUUGAAAAUGGGAAAAAUAAUUAAAAACUGCGAAGAACUUAUUGAACCAUGGCAGGGAAAGAGUUCUUUGUGAAUCCACUGAAGAGGAAGAAUAGAGGCUUGAGAUCUGGAAGACCGGUGCUAAAAUCUGGUAAAGUAAUCAACAGAGACAAAGAUGGAUAUGAAGUAAUAGAUGAUUAUUUUUCAGAAUCAGAUGCUGAAUCCAGCUUGAGUUUACAUAGAUCAUCUGUAGAGUCUCACAAAUUCACUAAAGAUGUGGAAGACAACCGGAUUAUUCAAAGCCAGCCUGCCCCUAGCAGUCGCAUGUCUACCAGAAAUAGAAACACUUCCUCUUACAGAUCUGUUGUCUCUUCUGUCAAUUCUAAGGUUUCUAGCAGUACCAGUAGUUAUAACCCUGUGGGUUGGUUACACAAUAAAAAUUAUGGAAGGAGGACAGGUCUUGAUAUAAAAGCAGGAAAGAAUAUUCGAAAGCGACCUGAUGGAUUUGAAGUGUUUGAAGAUUAUUGGUCAGAAUCAGAUGCAGACAGUUUGAUGAUAUCCAGGCAUAGUACAUGUGAUACACCUGAGGUAACAUCAGAAUUACACAGAUCCUCUAUUCAGGCCAAACAUGCCAAAGUUAUAGAGGAUGACAGAAUUGUUCAAAGUCAGCCUGCUCCUGUCAGUCACAUGUCUACUAGAAAUAGGAACACUUCCUCUUACAGAUCUGUUGCCUCCUCUGUCAAUUCUAAGGUAUCAAACAGCAGUUAUAAUCCAGUUGGAUGGUUACAUAAUAAAAACUAUGGAAGGAGGACCGGUAAAGAUAUUAAAGCGGGAAAAGUUAUUCGUAAGGGACCUGAUGGAUUUGAGGUGUUUGAUGAUUACUGGUCAGAAUCUGAGGCAGAUAGUUUGAUGUUAUCCAGAAUAAAUGAUAAAACAAUAGAAACACCUAUCGUUCCUUCCAAGGAUUUUAAGCAUAACCAAGACUCUGAAUCAGAUAUGAAUCCAGAAACAACAGAAUCUGAAGGAUCAACACUACAGUCUGACUUAAGUGACGGCAGUAGUAAGGAUGAUACUUACUGUGCCAAGGAAGAUUCUAGAAUAGCUGAGUUUCUACCACAGCUUCCAGAUGACAGUCCAACCAAGACUGGGCUUCAGAGGAAAACUUUGUCAGUUCUAACAGAAAAAAGUCAGACCUCCCAGUUGGUAUCCCCUGAGAAGAUAUUGAAUAAAAGUAAAAGAAAAAGUUUAUCUUCAGGAAAGAAUAAUCUGUCAAAUGAAAGUGAUUUGUCUGUUAACCACAAAUCAAGAGAAGAUGAUGCGUUAUCUGAUAAGGAUAACUCAAGUCUAGACGGUGAUGAGCAUUCAUCUCUGGAAAAAGAAAAUCUAACUCCUGAAUCUUGUGAACAUUCAUCUCUUUCAACAGAACAUUUAAGUGAACAUUCAUCUCCAGGAAAAGAAAAUGUAAUGCCUGAAUUAAGUGAACAAUCAUCUCUCUCAACUAGAAAUUUAAGUGAACAUUCAUCUUUAGGUAUGGAAAAUAGUUCGUCAGAAUCAAACAGAGGCCUUACUUCUGGUUCAAAAAGUCAUUUAUCUGUUUCAGAAAAAUCUGUUAAUGGGCAACAAAAUGAUGAGACCUCUGACACUGAAAUUCACCACUCAUCUCACGUUAAGGAAGUAUCCAAUGAUUUAUCAGACAAAGAAGGGGACCAGGAAUUACCAGAAUGUGACGAUCAAGGUCACAAGAACCAGGAAUUAUUAAAUAGUAGACAUGAGAGUCAGGAGUUAUCUUCAGAUGGAGGGGAAAACUAUCAGGAGUCAUUGUCAAGACAAACAAUGCUGCAAUCAUCUUUACUUAAGCAACAAGGGGAAUCAUUACAGAAUAACCUUCAGAAUUUAAGGUCAGAGGUCACCUGUAAUGAUCAUAGUAAUGCUACUGACAUGAGAUCAUAUAAAUCAGUAGAAAGUUUUGGCAAACAAGAUACGAGUGAAUGUCAAGAUCAUACAAAAGUGUUGACAGGAUCAGAAAAUACAACGUCUUCUAGAAAAAAAUCUAUAAGACAUUAUGAUAUUCCACCAGGGCCAUUGAUACCAUCUUCACUGGCUGACAAACUACUGAAUAAAUCAAAUAAAAAGGAAUUAGAAGUGUCAACAAAUAGAACAGACAAUAGAAUAUCACUCCCAGAGUCCUCAUUGUCAGGUGACACAACACACCAUACAGAAUCUAGAACUAGUUCUGUAAUUCCUCAUGCUGAAAUUAAUGAUAAUACACUUAAAAAUGAAACAUAUACUGAACACAGAAAUAAAACACACAAUACUACUACACAUAAAUCAUUUGUAUUUCCAGAUCUAUCUUUCGAUUCACAAGAUUCGGUGAUGAUGGUUGACGAUGACAAUGAUUCGGUAGAAAACAAAUCUCUUAAACAAAAAUCUAUGAGAAAAGGAACAAAAAGUAUGAUCACAGUGGAUAAUAGUGUCCUGGAUGAAUCUGUUGUAGGAAAAACUUAUAGAAAAUCAACAGGGUCUAUGAUGACGGGGAAAAAUAACAAACAAAAACAAGGGAAAAAAAGCAAACAAACACAGUUAUUGAAAGGCACAGCUGAAAAUGUUGAAUCUACGAAAAAUUCUACAAAUACAGAAGUUUCCAAUACAUCUAGUAGUAAAAAAGAACUAUCCUUGAAUGAUAGUAAUGAAAAUUUGAAGAUAAAUAAGCAGUUGAAAGUGACUAAAAGAUCUAAAGGUAAAUGGGCCAAUCAUUCUGUGACAAAUACUGACACAUCACUGCAGUUAAACAAUAGUAAUGAAAAUUUGAAGAAAGAUAAGCAGUCUAAAGCAGCAAAAAAAUCUAAAGGUAAAUGGACCAACCAUUCUGUGACAAACACUGACACAUCACUGCAGUUAAACGAUAGUCAUGAAAAUUUGAAGAAAGAUAAGCAGUCUAAAGCAGUAGAAAGAUCUAAAGAUAAAUCAACCAAUCAUUCUGUGACAAACACUGACACAUCACUGCAGUUAAACGAUAGUCAUGAAAAUUUGAAGAAAGAUGAGCAGUCUAAAGCAGUAGAAAGAUCUAAAGAUAAAUCAACCAAUCAUUCUGUGACAAACACUGAUAUUCAUGAUUGCAGCACUGAAGGGAUCGUUGAGACAAAUAAAGAGGACAGUAAAGUCAAAACAAAGACCACAAAGAGAAAAAAAGGGAAGAAAGCAGUUUCAGAGAACAAAAAAUAUAUUUUGAGAUCUGUACGGAAAUCUGUAGGAAACAAAUCUUCUGAUGUAACUACAAAUGAGUCAGAAAACACUUUGAAUGAAGUUACUGAAGAUAUACAUUUUCCUUCUGAGGAAUCAAUGGAAGCUGAACGGGAAACAAAUCAAAGAAAACUGCAGAUACCAGACACAAUGAAGAUAACUGCUGAAGAGGAUGACCUAAGUCAUGAUGAAAAUUUUCUCACAAAUAACUCAAAAGUAGAAGAUGAUAUGCCGGAUGAAAAACAAGAGAACAUUUCUUCGACAGUUACUAAGGUUCUAAUAGAUAAAUCACAGGCCACUGGUAACAAAACUCAUAGGAUAUCACAGGCCACUGUCGACAAAACACAUGGGAUAUCACAAUUUUUACAGGUAGAAAAUAAAACAGUAGGAAUAUCACAGCUGUCUCAGGCAACAAGUAUUGUGAUAGGAGGAAAUAAGACUGGUUCCCUGACUAAAGUAGAGUCUGAUCCAAAUCUCGUAGGGAGCACACCUUGUUUCAGGACAAGAAAAAGGUUGUCCUACUCCAUUGCUGCAUUAGAUUCCAGUCAGUUACAAGGGAAGAAGAAAAGACAACCUCGGUUAUCUAGCCGAGAAAACUCCAUUAUUUAUGACCAGCUACUGAACAAGAGAACAUUUGUACUGGAUACUGACUCAGAUGAAAGUUCACAAUUUUUAUUCAACAAAACACAAACAAACAAAUCAAAAGUAGAAAGGAAUGAUGCUGAACUUCUGGAAGGUGAUUGGAACAGCCAUAAUGAUAAAGAUAUGGAAGCACAAAAAUCUAAAUCUAUUAGAAAAAAAGGAGUACAUAAAGAAAAACAUAUUAGUAAUCCCACAGUGAAAAAAAAUGAAGCAAAAAAGAAGAAAAAAGGUGGAAAAAAUAAACCUCAGAAAAAGUCUUCUACAAAGGAAUCAUCGAUUGAGGAAAGCAUACACAGAAAAGAAAUAGACUUGAUCAGUAAACAUAGAUUAGAUACUGUUGUGUAUAACAACCAACGAGAGGAAUCAGAUAUCAACAAUAAACAUCAAGUAGAGAUGGAUAACACACAUGCAGACAAUAAACAUGUGGAGGAUACAGAUGUAGACAAUAAACAUGUGGAGGAUACAGAUGUAGACAAUAAACAUGUGGAGGAUACAGAUGUAGACAAUAAACAUGUGGAGGAUACAGAUGUAGACAAUAAACAUCCAGAGGAAACAGACGAGGUCAAUAAAUACCAAGAAUUAGCAGUUUUGGACAAUGAACAUGAAGAGAAAGAAGAUUUUGAUAAUAUACAUCAAGAAGAAGCAGUUGUAGACACUUAUCCACAUGGGGGAGAAGAUAAUUCAAAUAUUGAUAAUAAUAAUACACAUAUUUCUGCUGGUUCAGAAAUCGAAAAAGAAAAGGACAUCAAUUCUUCAAAAUUGUCAGAGACAAAUAAAUUAAGUAAUAAUAUAGAAUUAAGACAGAAUCGAAGAAAAACAAAUAGAAGAAAGACCACAGGUAAUAGUCCUGUCAAAACAAACAAAAGAAGGAACACUAGAAAGUCUGCACCUGUUAUAAGUAUUGAUGUCAAGGAGGAAGAAAACCUGAAGGAAAAUAUAAGAGGGAAAAAGGAGAAAGAAAAGAUAAUAAGUAAAAGAAAUAAAAAGUCAUUUGUGUUUGAUUCUACUGAAACAAGUUUGGCUGAUGAACAAGAAAUACGAGAUGUUUCACCUGUAACUAGUGAUCAGCCAACUCAGGAACAUGCUGAGUUAGAACAAGAUGGUAUACCUGUAACAGGUAAUCAGCCAGUUCAAUUACAAAAACAUAUUGAAGAGCAGCCAUUAAGUGAUGCAAAUCAGAAUGAAAUGUCAGAUUUACAGACUUUUGAAGAGGACAAUGAAAUCAGUACAAGAGUCUCUUCUACUGAAGAUGACAUGCCAGGAAAGACUACACAAGAUAAAAGAAGGAAGAAAGAAAAAAACAAAGGAAAGGAUGUAAAGAAGACUUCACCAGUAACAAGAAAAAGAAGUAUUCCGAAUGAAAUUAUCACAGAUGAAGCUACCACCCCUGUGAUAAAACAGCACAUUAUGAUAACCAACACACCAGAUGUUCAAUACCCUGUUAGUUUGUUAAAGGAAGGACUAAAGAGUGGAGUAUCCUUCAGAAGUAAGAGAAGAACUAUUGUUGUGGAAGAUACAGAUACCCCUCAACAAGACACCAGCAAUAAGAAUAUAACAGAUAAUGACAUGUCAGGACUUGAUGUGGAUAAUGGUCAACCUGAUGCGGAUAAUGAUCCAGACAGCUCUGGUCCACAUAUAGUGAACAAAGACGAAGCAGAUAUAGAUGGAAAAAUCCCAAACAUUAUCCGACGUCGUAGUUCUAUGAGGUUUGCUCCUCCAACUGAUAUAAUUAAUACAACUCCUUGUAUUGUCAAAGGGAAAGGUAGCAAGAGUAAAGAAAGACGAGUUACAAUCAGCAGGAAAGUUAUAGAGACAUCUUUUGAUGUUGAAAAUACAACAGGCAGUAGUACAGACCAUACACAGAACAUGACAGAUGGUCCCCUGGUACAUGCAUUUGAAAUGACUUCUUCACAGACUCCUGAAAAGAUAGGCAACCCAAAAUUAAACAAAAUGAUUUCCCCUGAACCAGCUCCAGAAGGUGUGAGAAGAUCCAGGCGCACUCGUUUAAAAAGAUUGGACAAUUACAAACUUGAAAUACCUAUUUAUGAAAGACGAAAAUCAGGAGGAUUUGCAAUCAUUGGUAUUAAGCCAUCUGUAUCAGAAGCUAAACUGAAGGCCAUGGAACUGAAACGUAAAAAUCAACUCAAAGUAAGAAAAAAGCCUGAUCGGAGGUUGUCAAGAAGAUUAUCUGCUCAUGCAGAACUGCCAUCAGAAGUUGACCCUACAAUUAACACAGAAAUCACUGUAUAUAAUCCUGAUAAUGAAGAAGAUGUCAUGCUUGAAUGCAUUGGAACCAAAGAGCAAAGCUUAAAAUUUGGACCUGAUGGAGAAGAAGCCUGUGACAGUGACCCAUUCUUCAUGACCAGGUCUAUUAAUCAACCAGCCUUUGGUACAGGAAUGUUACAACUAAAUGGUUUAAUGGAGAAACCAUUGCAGGCUGUAACUAAGGGAACAGUGAUAUUUCACAUAAUAUUUGGAAAGCUAUUAGUAACGAUACAAUCCACCAGUGUCAUUCUGUCUACACAUGAUCAAUUCUUUGUACCUAGAGGUAAUACCUACAGUAUUAAAAAUCUACGCAAAGAUGUUGCUAAGUUAUCUUAUGUCAUGCUGAAAGAAGAUGAGCCAGAAGAUCAAUCUGAUUAAACCAAAUAAUUUCAUGUUGCCAUGGAAACUUGAUGAGAACAUAGUUUCUGUGAGUUGGUAAAGACAAUAUGAACAGGGUCAUUGUAUAUAUACCAUCAUGGAAACAUAGUCUAAUCAAAAUGAACCAAAUCAUAAUGGUGUACUGAACCCUAAUGACCAUUCAGACUGAAAAGUAACAUGAAAUGUUGUCAUGGAUACCUGAUGAUCAGACUUGACCAAACAAUAUAAGUAAGCUGUCAUGGAUAUUGAAAGAUCACUCAACAGAAACUGUUUUAUUUAUUUGUUUGCAUGGAAACUAAACUAAUCAGAAAAAACUUCAUUGUUUAUAUUGUUUUAAUAUUUCAGAACAUUAUCUGCAAUGAUUUGUUGUUUGUGAUUUUAGUUAUGAAACAGUUUGUUAUACAUAAAUAAAUUUUUACAGUCUUUUAUACAACAGUUUUGUUAAACACUCUGUUUAGUUUCAUCCAUGAAAAACAAUUGGAUCUUUUAAGCAUUUUUCUGUUGGACUUCAACAUAAACUUUUUUGUAGCUCUGUUAAAUCUUUUUCCUUUAUAUAAAUCGGCUGCCAGUUAUUUACAUAACAUAAAGGGUUCCUUAUGGAUAGUUCUAUUGUCUCUGCUAACAAACCAAACACCUUAUAAAUGCAUAUUUUGUCCAUUUCAACAGCGUUGAGGACCAUGUUUGAGUGUGUCCUCAGCGAGUCCUUAACCAUUUCUCAGAAGCUAAUAAACAUACCAGUAUACAGAUGGCAGUAUAGCCAAUUCUAAUAUGACGUGCAAAUUUUUCUUGAAGAGACUUCAGACGAAGGUCACAUGACCCUUAAUUCAUGAUUUAGUCAAUUUGAUAAAGUUUUUAAACUUCAUUACUUAUAUUAAGUUGUAGUGUUAAAUUCAGUAAUCAUAUUCUAAAUAACCUUUUAUCAUAUGACCUGGUGUAAGUUUACAUCUAGGAGUGUAUAACAACCUUCCACAAAAGUAGGUAACUCUGACUUUUAUCAUACAUUUACUCCAUUAAGUUUUAUUUCACAUCUAGAUCUCAGAUAAAUUGUGACCUUCAAUCAUGAAACUUUCCUACAUGUAUAUGGAUACUUAGGGUCAGUAGAGCAUGCCACAAAUAGAGGGGCACUCAGACAAACAUUUCAUGCUUCAUUGACUUUGAUUUUGUUUCAUAUAGUAAGUUACUUACCAGUACAGUCAUGUAUCUUUGUGUUAGGAUGCGUUUAAGAGGGUAUAACAUCCAUGCAUGAAAAGUACUUGGACUUGACCCUACUUUUUACUCUUCAUGGAUUUGUAUUAAGUUGAAAGGUCAAAGUUCACUUCUCGGUGAUUACAUUCCUUUCCAAACAUGUUAAAUUCUACAAUAACUUUUUUAAACAAGUAUACUAGUAUAUACUAGUACUUUUAAAGGUUUGUCUAGUCAAUUUACCAAAAAACUAAAAGUGGAGUACUUUGUUUUUUUCUGUUGAUUUAUUUUAAUUUUUUUUUAAUAAAAUAUAAACAAAGACUUGAUGUAUGUAAAAAAAAAUGUUUUUUCUAGCUCUCUCUUUCUGACCUUUCACUUUUUAUCCUUUUCUUUUUCUGUUCAUUACUAUUUAGUAAUUCAAGUGGUGUUCAGUGACUCUUUAUAUGUGUAAUUUUAUUUAAAUGAUUUUGGGUAUAUUGAUAAUUAAAGAGAACAUUGAAUGGAAAAUAAUGACUUGCAUGUUUAGCAAUUAAAAGAAUAAGUCAUUUUAUUAUUAUUGGUUAAGUUACUUCUGUUUUAAGGCUAUAUUAAAUACAAGUUUAUUCAGGCUUACAAAUUAAUCAAUCUUAAAGUGCAAAUAUACUUUAUUAUAUGUUUGCGAAUAUACACAGUAGCAUGUAAAUAAAACAAUGAUUGUCAUUUAGUGAACAUUCACAACAAUAUAAAAAACAAUUGAAAACACAUAACAAUAUUUUUUAUGUCCGCCUUUUGGCAUUGAUGUCUAUAAGAAUCCACACACGAAUUUUUCAUAAUUUAUGAUAAGUCUGUCCAUUGUUUGGCAUUAAAGUUUAUAAGCAUUGGUCAUCAUUAAGUUGAAGUAAGCAUCACUAUCUACAGAAGCACUGACUCCACUGUAGUAAUUAUCAAACUCCUCUCUUGUUAUCUGUAAUGUAUUAUGUGUGUAUACAUGACAAUGUUGUAAUCAUAUUUUGUAUGUGUAUUGAAUCACAACGUUCUCAUACUAUUUUGUGUGUAGUACAAUGUACCUCUUUGUUUGCAUUAUUAUACUCAACAUAUUCAUGGCCUCAUGUACAAUGAAAAAAUUUUAAAAGAUAAUGUGGAUUACACAUAUUUUAUUAUCUUUAGUGUAUGGGUAUAUUUUUGUAAAUUGCUAUCAAAUAGAUUAUCUUUCUUAUUUUAGACUGAAUGGAUAAACUGGUGUAAAGAAAAAAUAAAUAUUGUCCAUUUUCA